AUGGCGGCGGCGGCCGAGCCGGACGCCUGGCGGGCGGUGGCUCCGCGGGGGCGGCCUCGCUCGGCGGCGCGGCGGCGGAGGGCCGCGGAAGCCGGAGGAGGCGCGGAGGCGGACUGCGGAGCCGUGCUUCGGCGCCUCGGGGAGGCCGAGAAUGAGCUGCUUGUCUCUGAUUUCUGGAGUUCAGCAGUAGAACCCAUUAUCCAGUGUCUUACAAAGCAGCUGCAACAAAAGGCACCAGUGGGGAACCUUCCGGAAACCCUUGAAAGCCUGUGUCUUCACUCACCACCAGCCGACUCAGACAGGGCAGCUGGCUGCCACCCAGGAGGGAGCCUGGCCUCAGGUGCCUGCCUGGUGCAGUGUGUUUGCUAUGGGCUGGGGAACUUCGCCUCCUGCAUCACAGCCCGCACACAGCUGGUGUUUCUGCUCCUCCUGCUGGAACGGUGCCAGAUCCCUAGACAUCACUGCUGGGUCUAUGACCCUCUGUUCAGCCAGCUUGAAACUUCGGUUCUGACCACCCUCGGAGUAGCAGUUCUCAGUGAGAAUGAGGAAGGCAAGCGGAGCGUGCGUGGAGAGCCUACCAUCUUCUACAUGCCACACUGUGGGACAGCGCUGUACAACAACCUUUUAUGGAGCAACUGGUCGGUAGACGCCCUUUCCAAGAUGGUGGUCAUUGGGAACAGCUUCACAGGCCUCGGGGAAAGGAUGCUUACAAGGGUUCUGCAGAAGAGUUACCCGUAUGUGGCAAAGGUCCUGGAGGCCCUGGAGGAGCUGCAGCUUCCACACACCCCACGGUAUGCAGAUACCUUUAACGACACCUCUGUGCAUUGGUUCCCUAUGCCAAGGCUGGAGCAACUCCCUGGGCACCUGUGGGCCUCUCGGGAGGAGCCUGAUUACCAGGACUGUGAGGACCUGGAGAUCAUCAGGAAGAAGCCUGUCUGUCCUGCGGCUGCCAGCCCAAACCCUGGUGCCACAACACAGGGGCCAUGCUGAGAAGGGCUGUGCACA